AUGUCGCUGCCAGCAACUCCCUUCCCACUCGCAUGGCCCAUCCCCACCCCGGUCACAAACCCAAGCCUGCUCGAGCAGCAGGAUAUCCAGCAAACAGAAGACCUGUUACGCAACCCCCAUUCUUUCCGCCACUGGUGGACCGCCAUCUCCGCCCUCCAAUCCCAGUGGUCUGAAGCCCAGCGCGCGACGCGCUCCAGCGAGGGACCUACUGCGUCCCCUCUAGGCCUGUUUGAGAGGGAAGAGACGCGACUUCUCUUUCAGCGCAUUGUCUUCAUAUACGAAUCUGCGUUGCAGAACUUCCCGCAAAGCUUCAAGCUUCAAAAAUCCUACCUUCUCUUCAGGCGAUCUGCAAUACUUGGACAGAAAGCACCCAAGCGCAAGACAGGGGGAGGACGGAAGAAGGCAGGGUCGAUAAGAGAGUUGAUGGAGGAUGAGUGGGGUGCGAGGGACGUGUGGGUCGGAGGGUGGGUAGACGGUGUCCUUGGCUGGAAGGAGUGGGCGAGCCUUGUCGCCGUAUGCGAGAGAGCGGUCAUGUGGUUGCCUAACAUGCCAAGGAUCUGGCUACUGUACCUCGAACUCUUCCUCCACCCAGCUCUCCCUGCACCGCUCUCCCACACCCACGCCCGGCGAACAUGCGACCGUGCACUUCGUACGCUCCCCCCUUCCCUCCACCCGCGUAUAUGGCCGCUCUACCUGCUCUUCGCCGAGUCCCGAGGAGGGGCGACGAUGUCUGCUGUCUACCGACGGUUCCUGAAGGUAGAUGGGAGCUUAGGGGAGCGGUAUGCCAGGCUGUUGUUAGGUCGUGUUGGCGAGGAAGACGACGCUGACGAGGAGGAUGAGGAGACGGUCAGGGGAGCGCUGUUGCUACCUGAGCGAAGGGGCGAACCGCGCCCGCUUGAGGCGGCCAAGCUGCUACUCAAGCUUGCCCGGCAAGCGGCAGCGGGGACGUACACAUCCCCUUCUGGAAGAUCACCUUACGCGUUACUGCUCGACUUCCUCGAAGUUGUGGAGAACUUUUCUGAGGAUGUAGGGUUCGCACCGGACGAGGAGGAGACACCGGCGCAAGGGGGAGAGGAGACGGAUGGCCUGAACGGGAAGAAGCUCGAUAUAAAAAAGAUAGUCAAGACCGAUGGGCUGGAGGUGUAUAAGGACCAGGCGGGUAGGCUGUGGACGGGCAUGGCGACCUACUGGACUAAACGAGGAGACUUCGACAGGGCAACAGAGACGUUCGAGCAAGGGCAGAACAGCGUUCUCACCGUACGCGACUUUACGCAGAUAUUCGACGCCCACGCCGAAUUCUCCGAAUCGCUCAUCUCGGCGCUUAUGGAAUCCCUGCCCUCCCUCACCGACCCCUCAGAAGCGGAGGAAGUAGAACGCGAACUGGACGAGCGGAUGAAGGCAUUCGAGGAGCUCAUGGAUAGGAGGCCAUUCUUGGUUAACGAGGUCAUGCUGAGGCGGAAUGAGAAUGAUGUACAAGAGUGGGAGAAGAGGAUCGCUCUGUUCGGUACGGACGACGAGCAGGUAGCGAAGACCUACGAACUCGCCCUGCGCACUAUCUCACCCAAGCGGGCCACCGCGAACUUACACCAGCUCUACAUCCACUUCGCCCGCUUCUACGAGCAGGGUGGCGUUUCCCGUUCUGCAGAACCGGACGUUAAGAGCGCACGCCGGGUGCUGGAGCGUGCAACGGGCGUCAACUUCCGCGUGGUAGACGAGCUGGCCGAGGUAUGGAUCGAGUGGGCGGAGAUGGAGUUGAGGGCCGAAAACUACGACGAAGCUAUAAGAGUCAUGCAGAGGGCGACGGCCCUGCCUAAAAAUACCAAGGUGUCGUAUCACGAUAACACCCUCCCCGUUCAAGCGCGCCUGUUCAAAUCUCUCAAGCUCUGGUCAUUCUACGUCGAUCUCGAAGAGUCUAUCGGCACGGUCGAGUCGACCAAACGGGCAUACGAAAAGAUCCUCGAGCUCAGGAUCGCAAAUGCGCAGGUUAUUAUCAACUACGCGGCGUUCUUAGAGGAGAACAAGUAUUGGGAGGACAGCUUUAAGGUCUAUGAGCGUGGAGUUGAGCUGUUCACCUUCCCGAUCGCAUUUGAGAUCUGGAAUAUCUACUUAAGCAAGUUCGUCAAGCGUUAUGGAGGUUCAAAAUUAGAGCGCACACGCGACUUGUUCGAGCAAGCGUUAGAAAAGUGCCCAGCGAAGCAGAGCAAACCCCUCUUCUUGAUGUACGCUAAGCUGGAGGAGGACUUCGGACUUGCCAAACGAGCGAUGGCGAUAUAUGACCGGGCGACAGCGGCGGUGGCCGAUGAAGACAAGUUUGAUAUGUUCACAAUCUACAUCGCCAAAGCCGCAUCAAACUUUGGUUUGCCUGCCACACGCCCGAUCUACGAACGUGCCCUGCAAGUGCUCCCCGACGCACAGACCGCAGCCAUGUCCUUGCGUUUCGCCGCACUCGAGCGCAAGCUGGGCGAGAUCGAUCGUGCACGUGCGAUCUACGCUCACGCUUCCCAGUUCUGCGACACGCGUGUGCGGCCAGAGUUCUGGAAGGAGUGGAACGACUUUGAGGUUGAGACGGGCUCGGAGGAUACGUUCAGGGAGAUGCUGAGGAUAAAGAGGAGCGUACAAGCCCAAUAUAAUACCGAGGUGAGCUUCCUGGCUGCGCAGGCGGUGGCGGCUAGGAAAGGGGAGAAGCUGGAUGAGGAGGAAGAGAAGGAAGAGGGCGACGCUAUGGCCAUGGCUGAACGUGCUGCGGGCGCAGGCACAGGCGGCGGGGCGGCAAAAGGACCUAGCUUUGUCGCUGCGAAGGAGAGGACAACGGUCAUGCAGGAAGAAGCGAAGAACGAAGAUGAGAUCAAGAUGGACGAGGAUGAAGAAGAAGAGUGA